UAGAAUCCGUUCUCCGAUGCACUUCCGGGUCACAUUUUUGUAGGUUAUGUGAAGGAACACAAGCGCGUGUGUUGCAUUUUCGAGCAUUUUUAAGCUAUCAAUUAAAACUUCUGUCUCGUAUUGCUUUGUCGUGAAUAAAUAUGAGUGGGCCAACGAAAAAAGCUGCGCCUGGAGCGGGGGUAUCAGACUGGAUCAGCAGAGCCUGUCGUUUCGCUACAGAUAGAAAUGAUUUCAGGAGGAAUCUUCUCGUCAACCUGGGUCUCUUUGCAGCAGGGGUCUGGGUUGCCAGAAACUUGUCCGACUUUGAUCUCAUGGCCCCACAAGCAGUAGCAUAAGUGGAUCUCGUUGUGUGGGAGUCAUAAUGCAACAUUGUGUUGUACCAGAUGCUGACCAAACUGACCAUCCAGACCGCAGCAUGCCAUACGUUGACAAGUGGCUUGAAAGCGUUUCCUCAAGCAAGACAGUGUUGGAUUCAGGAUUUCUUUGUGUGUUUAGAUUGUAUUGUCACCUUUAUCUUUUUUGUAUUAUGCUUGUUUCGGGAAAAAGACAUUAUUGCUGUAAUAUUUAACACAAAUAAAAACCUAUCAUAAGUCAGUAACAA